AUAAAACGGGUGAAUUCUAAUGCGGGUCGAUUGUCCCGAUCGAGCGCAGCCAGACUUUUAAUUCACCUGCGUUAUAUGUUACAUGUAUCCUGCAUGCUAUAACCGGGGUGAGUUUUUGUCUGUCCUCGAUAUAGACUCGCGGACAGGAUGAAAGUUUGACAGUUUAAUUCCCCCUCCUUCCCUCCCUAUUCCUUCCGUUGUCCCCGCUCGAAGCAGAGCUGGCGGAGGCUUGUCCCGAUCCUCUCCUCUCAUCUACGAUACCGUCCAAUCUAUUUCAGUAUCCGUAAAUCGGCCUGUUCGCACCCCGAAUAUACAAUUCACGGAAUCGUCGAGACGUUGGGGAGCGUCCAACCCCCCGAUUAAUUCGAGGUUAUGUUCACACUACGGACAAAAUCGCUAGGAGCAGAUCAGACUGAAAGAUCGAGUUGCUUUGAUCCGUUGGGAAGGAGGAGGUUGUAAAAAUAUUCCUAUUUCUGUAACCCCUCUAACAACGAAGACGACGACGACAACGAAGACGACGACGACGACGACGACGACGUCGCGUUAACACGAAGCAAUUCUUAUCUCAUGAACGUUUAAUGCGUAAGAAAUUAUUUCAAUGUCACAAUAUCGCAUUUGGCGAACAAAAUUUACUUACGACCUGUUUUUCCAAAAUCGAAUACUUCAGCUGCAGAAAUGAUGGUGCAGCAAGGAGAGGGUGGUUCGGCGGUAAAAUCACGUCGCAAUGGAGCCAGGCUUUUUAAGAAUCCGCCGCAACCUCACAUGUGCAUACAGGACUAUAUACAGGGAUCGUGGGAUCCGUGUUACGUAAACGUACUUUCAUGGGGUAAAAUUGCCAUGCCGCAACGUCCGUCAGAGCCUGUACCUCUUUGGGGAGGUAUGAGGGUCUUGCCACCGAGAACUGAAAAGCCACAAUGUUCUGUUUUCGCUGUCAUGGCCAAUCCAGAGAUACUUCGACUCAAUGGAAAAAAUGCUCAAGAUCCACAGGAGCGUUCGGCACUGAUUGAUCUCUUGCUAGAUUUUGUAGAGGCUAUGAACGAAGGAGUGGUGUUCACGCGAUGCUAUACGGUCCUAAAAGACCGUGACAUAACAGGCGAGCUGAAGGAGGUGUGGAUGGCGGUGCAAGUGAAACGAGACAAGGAGCAGGAGACACAGCAGGAGACAUGGAUAGACGUACAGCCGCCAGUGCCGCAGUACCCGCAAUUUGAAAUGACUCAGGAUUAUUCAUACCAAUCAGUAAAUGACCAACAGGUUUAUCAGCCGGGCCACGUGGUGCCGCAACAGUAUCACGGAAACGUUGGGGCGCAGAUAUCACCGCAGGAUCAGUACAACUACGGGGAUCGCAGCGGGGUGAGACAGCAAAAUCAGGGGCAGCAAAAUUGCCCAGCGUAUCCGAUGCCUCAGUAUCAGUUUCAACAGCUGCCAAGGCAGCUAGUUCCUCAGUACAUAAACUCGAACAUGCAUCCCAAUGUCAGCCCGAGCUAUCCCGGGCCAAGCGUUGUUGGUUCGAACGUGAAUCCGAACAUCCCUGGUUAUUAUCAGCAGUACAUUGCUCUCCAACAGCAAAUGGUUGGCCAAAGGCAGAUUGACAACGUUAUGCAUGCAGUUAGAGAAACUCACAGUGAUAUGCAACAGCCGCAGGCGAUGCACGUUCCUCAUAUGCAGUACGAUCAGCCUCCGCCUUUCAACUUGCAGACGACUUCGCCGAUGAACGUUUUGAGGCUGGGUAGGCCGCACAUGGGCGUAACACAGAAGAGCAACGUAAAUAAGAGACAAUCGAGCUCGCCCACCCACUCAAAACAAACUCCGAACUCGACUAUUGUUCGUCAGGCUAAAAACAGCGUAGAAAAAAGUCCUGGUAAAGCGUUCAGGGUCAGGGGUCAGCGUGGCGAUCAGGCGGGAACAGAGGAACAAAAUGCUGGUCAAGUCUCUCCUGAAAAGACAAAGGCGAUGGCGACGACGGAGAAGAACAACAGCAAAGAUUGUGAGGCACAGAAUGUUCAAGUUACUGAUCUGGAUGAAGAACUCGACGCCAAGAAGAACAAGGCUAAGGACUUGAAAGCGUCGGCCGCGGAGGAAACUCCGAGUGCGCAGAAAACAGCAAAACGGCAGGCAAUCGCUAGUAAGAAAGACUUGAGACAGUGGAUUCUCAAUUCUUCUGACGAUAUAACUGUCCUUGAGACAGACUUGCCGCUCGAGGGUACCGAGGACAGUGCCCUGAACCAGAAUUUGAACACCAAGCCAGUCAAGACUCAGAUAUUAGUCUUGAAAAGAAAUUCAUCCAAGGUUAACAAUAGUGAUUCUGGUAAGAGUAGCUCAAAAGACCAGAAAGUAGUUAAGAAUGCCAUAAGAUUGACUAAACUCGAGGGGCAACAGAUAUACGAUUUGGAAACCGAGAGGAUAGACGAUGGCAAUAAAGAGAAAGGAGACGAGCUGGUGAAUCAACCUCCGUCCGAAGCUGCGCAAAAGAAACCUGUCGACAAUGGAAGUAGCAGAAAUGGAUUUUCGCAGCACAAACAGCAUAAGGAACAACAACAACAACGACCAAAGCGGUCGCAAACGGUUAAUAACAUAAUAAAAAAUGUAUUCAAAAUAAAUCCAAGCACGUCAUCAAAUGACGAUAAUCAUAAAGACAAGGUGAAUAAUCAUACGAAAGUUAUAAACGGUAAGUCUAACAACAAGGAUACCGACGACGUCUAUCACGGCUACGUGAUACUGAGAAAAGGUGAAACUAGCCAGGAUAAUGAUGAGGACGUGGUGAGAGAAAUGGCUCGGAUAUCAAUUCAAGACUGCAAAGAUACGACGACUGAAAACAGCAAUACUGUUAACUCGUGAUAGCCUGAUUAGAAGAAAGACAAGUUUAAGAUGUUUGGAGAUAAGUGGAACGCCAGGUAAGAAGCGGUCUGUCUUACGUAUGCUUGCGUGCGAGUGUGUGUGUACAUAAUAUUAUACAUUAUAUUAUAAAGUUUAUUUUUAAGAUCAAGCUAAAUAAAUUAGAAAAUUAGAGAUCGUUAUUACUUCACUAAUAAUAAUCCGCUUUUGUUUUCGUAUAUUUCACUCUAGUAGAACGGCUAUAUUUGCAAAUUUUUACGCAUGUCGAAUGUAAUACCAAUAUACGUUCACGUUUUAAUUAUGUAAAAAUAUUAGCAGAGAUCUCUGAUGACAUCUUUCCUUGAUAACAUCACUUUUGCCAGUGAUGUGAAACUCGAUUAUUGAUCAUAUCAUUGACGAUUUUUUCACGUUGCGUUCGUUUUUAAUCUGCACAAACAGAUUGCUGAUAA